CGUGCAGUCUUCUUUUCUUCCUUUAGAGAACAGUUUGCUUCAAUGUCCGGGUUUCAGGAUCUUAAAGAUUUCUUCAGCCGGCGGCUGCUCGCUGCGGUUAUCAAAGACAUCACAGGACAAACCACAACAUCUUUAUACGAAGAGGAGCUUCACCACCAAAGAGAGCUGCUGAAGGUGAUUUUAACACCUGAAAUCAAGCUGCAGAGAGCAGUGUUUCCUGCAGAUGUCCAGCAGCUGGCAGAGAGUAAAGAAGAUCUUCUUGUGAAGCAGAGGUGGAGCCCCUGUCUGGACCAUGAGAACACUGAACCCCCGCACAUUAAAGAGGAACAGGAGGAACUCUGGAGCAGUCAGGAGGGAGAGCCGCUUCAAGGACUCGAUGAGGCUGAUCCCACCAAGUUCCAACCGACUGUUCUCCCUGUGAAGAGUGAAGAUGACGGAGAGACAUGUCAGUUCUUACAGCUUCAUCUGGGACACACUCCAAAAAUGGGAACAGCAGCUGAUGGAGAGAUCUGUGGAGGACCAGAAACAGCCUGGAACUCUGAUCCAGGAAGUGAUAAUGAAUUUGAAAACCCCUCUGAGCCUGAAACAAAUGACAUUUGUAAUCAGAGGAAGACCAGUGAGCAUGAGUCAGGUUUACACUCCAACAAAUCUAAAGACAAGAGAGUGACUGAUAAAACAGUGCAUAGCUGCCCAGAGUGUGGUAAACAGUAUAAACACAAUCAGGGCCUGGUCUAUCACAUGUUAGUUCACACCGAAGAGAAACCCUUCAGCUGCUCUGAGUGUGGUAAAAGGUUUAACCAGAAACAGAAUCUGAUUUCUCACAAGUUAGUCCACACAGGAGAGAAACCCUUCAGCUGCUCUGAGUGUGAUAAAAGGUUUAGCCAGAAACAGGAUCUGAUCACUCACAAGUUAGUCCACACAGGAGAGAAACCCUUCAGCUGCUCUGAGUGUGGUAAAAGGUUUAAAUGGAAACAGAAUCUGAUCACUCACAAGUUAGUCCACACAGGAGAAAAAUCCUUCAGCUGCUCUGAGUGUGGUAAAAGGUUUAGGUUUAGAGGAAGACUGAUCCAACACUUGUUUGAUCACAGGGUAGAGAAAUCCUUCAUUUGCUCUGAGUGUGGUAAAAGGUUUAGUCGGAAAGCAUAUCUGAGAACACACAUGUUGGUUCACACAGGAGAGAAACCUUGCAGCUGCUCUGAGUGUGGUAAAAGGUUUAGUCAGAAAUCAGGUUUGAAUAUACACAUGGUUACUCACACAGGAGAGAAACCCUUCAGCUGCUCUGAGUGUGGUAAAAGGUUUAGUCAGAAACUGAGUCUGAUCAGACACAUGUUGGUCCACACAGGAGAGAAACCCUUCAGCUGCUCUGAGUGUGGUAAAAGGUUUAGUCAGAAACCGCAUCUGAUUACUCACAAUUUAGUCCACACAGGAGAGAAACCCUUCAGCUGCUCUGAGUGUGAUAAAAGGUUUAGUCGGAAAGCAUAUCUGACAUCACACAUGUUGGUUCACACAGGAGAGUAAGGCUCAUCUGCUCUGUUUGCAGUAAAGGACUUAAAUCACUAGAGGAUGUGAACAGUCAUGUUUGUGACCACUCUGACCUAUCGGCUAAAAACACAACAGUGAGAUGUCAUUUGGAGUGGUUAAACAUCAACAGUUUCUGAAGAGACAGAAAGACAAGAUUUUGUUGAAUAUCGCUUAUAUAAUGUGUCCAGUUCCACCCUUGAGUGAAUCAGCACUCCAGAAAAUAUAAUCACUGAUAAUCCACAUAAUGAUAACAUAACCGAGCAUGGGUUGCCCAGACAAUGCUCAUGUAUGUGCCUAUGUAAUGUCUCAAGCUUGUAGUUUUACAUACCCAGCCCAUAAGGCUGAUUCUGAUCUAGUUUUUAUGUUUUUAUUAUUACUUAUAAGUGUAAGAAGACUUUGAAUCUCUUUAAAAACUGUGUA